CGGACGGUCCCACGGAGGUGGAGGUGGAGGCAACCCAUGAAAGUAACAGUGGCCUCUCCGUCCUCUGCACAACGCUCAGUCUCGCUCUCCUCGCACCGGUGUACGGUGCUCGCGGUUGCUCUCGGGUGUCCUUUCGGCGCGUUCGUCGGGUGCGCUGGUAACGUCGCGUCCUACGUUAACGGCACAGUGCGCGAUGUGCUCGACUUGAGCCUCUCGACGAUCUCGACAUCACCACGGUUGUUUUGUAAAGGCUGCAAAACGACGAAAAUGGAUUGGGAGAACCGAACGGUGUCACUGUUGCUUUGCCUAAGUAUUCUACUCGCGACGAUUCAUAACGGCAAUGCCGAGCGUAAGAUCGUAUGUUAUUACACGAACUGGUCCAUUUAUCGACCGGGUACCGCCAAGUUUUCGCCCCAAAACAUCAAUCCCUAUUUAUGCACCCACUUGAUCUACGCUUUCGGCGGGUUCACCAAGGACAAUGCUUUGAAACCUUUCGACAAGUAUCAAGAUAUCGAGAAAGGUGGAUACGCCAAGUUCACCGGUUUAAAAACAUACAACAAGAAUCUGAAAACCUUAUUGGCCAUCGGUGGCUGGAACGAAGGCUCGAGCAGGUUCUCGCCUAUGGUAGCCGACGCUGGCAGAAGGCGAGAAUUCGUCAAGAACGCGAUCAAGUUUCUUCGAAAGAAUCAUUUCGACGGUCUCGAUCUCGACUGGGAAUAUCCCGCGUUUAGAGACGGUGGAAAGCCUCGGGACAAGGACAAUUACGCCAACCUGGUGCAGGAACUGAGGGAGGAGUUCGAGAGGGAAGCUUCGAAGACCGGAAGGCCGAGACUUUUGCUCACGUUGGCGAUGCCGGCCGGCAUCGAGUACAUCGACAAAGGUUACGAUAUACCCAGAUUGAACGAAUACUUGGAUUUCAUCAAUCUCCUCUCCUACGAUUACCAUUCGUCUUACGAGCCUGCGGUCAAUCACCACGCCCCCCUCUAUCCCCUGGAGGAGGACAACGAGUACAACUACGACACCGAAUUGACGAUCGAUUACACCGUUAAUUAUCUGCUGAAGAAAGGUGCCUCCUCGGACAAGAUAAUUCUAGGGAUUCCCACGUAUGGAAGAUCCUACACGCUUUUCAAUCAAGACGCAACCGAUCUAGGAUCACCGGCAGAUGGGCCGGGAAUCGAGGGCGACGCUACUCGAGAAAAAGGCUAUCUUGCUUAUUACGAGAUUUGCGAGAGUUUGGCGCAAUCGGACGAAUGGGAAGUGGUGGAGCCUAAUCCUGACGCGAUGGGCCCUUACGCGUUCAAGGGGGAUCAGUGGGUAGGUUACGACGACGAGGAUAUAGUGAGAUUAAAAGCGAGAUACGUGAACGAGAAGAAGUUGGGAGGAAUAAUGUUCUGGACGAUCGACAACGACGAUUUCCGGGGGAAAUGUCACGAUCGGCCGUAUCCCCUGAUCGAGGCGGCGAAAGAGACCCUCUUGUCCGACGCCACGGACACUGUUCGAAAGUCGAAACCGGUCGAGGGACGCAAAAAGUCUCGGAUUCAAGGGACUCGAAGCGACGCAGAGAGAAGGAAAAAUGGCGGACGAGGCGGCACAACUGCGACACCUGUCUCGAAAAAUCGAGUUCCCACUUCGUCCAGGCCGAGAUAUCGAACGUUCACGCGGCCGCGAGCGAGCGAGCCGGACGAGGAGGAAGGGGGGCGAGUAGAUAGACGAUCCUACGAUCCUGCGUCCGAGGACGAGGAGAGGCAGGGGAGGGAGGAGGAAGAGGAGAAUUCGGAGAGAGGGAACGCGGUUAGCGGGGCGAACAAGCGCGAAAGAUCUAGAGACGGGAAGAAAAGUAGAGGGGGGAAAAAUCGAUCGAGUUCGAGCAGGAAUCGUAGAAAGCAAGUUCGUCGUAAAGAAGAGGGAAACAAUGGCCUCGAUUCGAAGGAGGAAUCGUUGAGUAAUAAACUGACUACCCCGGAACCACCGACCACUCCCGAUCCUGGAACAGAUUUCAAGUGCGAGGACGAAGGAUUUUUCUCCCACCCUCGAGACUGCAAAAAAUAUUUCUGGUGCUUGGACAGCGGCCCGGGAGGUUUGGGCGUGGUUGCGCAUCAAUUCACCUGCCCUUCCGGAUUGGUGUUCAACAAGGCAGCCGACUCCUGCGACUAUCCCCGCAACGUCGCGUGCCCGAAAUCGAAGACGCCGUCGUCGUCGGCGUCGACGACAAGGGCGCCGAUAACAGCCGCCACGAGCCGCACCACUUACCUAUACAGCACCACCACGCGGCGACCUUCCACGGCGAAACCGGAUCCGGAGGAAGAAUACGAGUAUUACGAGGACGAAGACGAGGAGGAAGAAGAAGGGGAGGAGGAGGAAGAGAAAGAGGAAGCCAAGGUGACCUCCACUCCCAAAACGCUUUUGUACAAAACGAUCACCAGGAACAACAAGCCUAGCACUACGAGUACUACUACCACUACUACGACGACAACAACGGAGGCGGCUUUCACGACUUCGAAAUCGAUCGAUUCGGAGGAUGAAGAGGAUCCCAAGGUUAUAAAGGAGCUGAUAACGUUGAUCAAGAAAGCGGGUGGCAUAGAGCAAUUGGAGAAGCAGUUGUUGCUUCAAGACAAAAAUUCGAACGAGAGCUCGGCGAACUCUGGCGGAGAGAGUGCUACACCAGCUACCAUAAGUCGCAGCUUGUACGAGCGCGUGUUGAACCGUCAGGCUGGUAAAGUCACGAGCAGGCAGAGAUCUUCGACGAAUACGAAUUUCGCGAAUGGGCCAGGGAGGGCGCAGUUCGAGGGAUUGGAAGAGGUUCCAGAGGUGAAGGGGUUGAGACGAUCGCAGAAACCGAAAUACGUGACCAUCGAGAGACCAAAGCAUUCGACGAAGGAACCGCCAUUGGACGGGGAAGAGGUGGAGGAAGAGGAGGAGGAUCUGGACGGAGACAACACGGACGUGGCCUCUUCCGAGGAGCAAACGAUUAGCAAUCCUUUCCUAACCGGCUCGACGCAGAGGGCGACGCCUAAUUACAUCGAUAUAAGACGCCCUCGACCCUCGACUUCGAGGAAAGACGAGAACGACGUUGAGGAGAAGAGCAAGGAUGGAGGAGAGGGGGAAGCGCCAAUUCGACGCCGCCGUCCAGGUGAGUCUUCACUUUCGCACGAGAAUGAAAAAAAAUCUAAAUCAAAUAUCCGCAAAAUUAACAGCAAAACGAGCUCAACCGAAAAUGUUAGAGACGAGGAAUCUCGUUCAUCCACGAGCGAAGAAAACUCGCAAACGACUAAAUCCAGAUACGUGAGCGUGCAAAGAUUCAGGAGCACGACUCCCCAAACGACGGAGGCUGUUUCGGAGAUUGUUGCAUCGACCACGGAAUCGAUCGAACCGUCGAAAAUCGGCGACGAGAAAAUAGAUACGACGACCAGCCCGUCAACGAAUACCUUACCUUGGAUCGGUUCGUCCUCGACGCCCAACGACGACAUCAUCCCCGUUGAAACGGAGGCGGGAAGAACGGAAGAAACUGAGACGGAGAGAGCGAUCCUCUCGACGACUUCGGAGUCGAGCUCGACCACCGACUCCGUGAAACUCGUGGAAGAUUCGGUGACGGAGAUCCUGUUGACCACGGCGCCAGCGAGCUUGUCCACGUUGUCGAUUCCGAAUACGAGGAUCAGCACCGCGUCGGUAUCUCAGCCGAGGCCGUUCGGCUUUAACCGAAGAAACAGGCCGUCGUCGACCGAGCCCACGACCACCACCACCACCGUCACCACUCCAUUGCCACCGUCCAACGAUCAGACGAGGUCCAAGGUGGCCAACACGGAAGUCAAUAGACUGCCAACCCUCAAGGAACUAAUCGGUUAUCAAACGAACAAUUACAUCGCCACCGGUCCAUCGUCCGUAUUCUUGAAUUUGUUUCCUCUCGCAGCGAAAAGCGAAGAGGUUAUGUCGCACGAGAAAAAUAUCGAUCGCGUUCUCGAAGAGGUUAUCAUUGAAAAGAAUACGAUUUUCAACGAUACAGAACUUAGAUCUUGGAACAAGCACGAUGACGGGAUAGAAAAUGAUUUUCAAUCAGAUUUAACCGUGGAUGGUGUAGACGCAUAUUACGUCGAGGACGAUACUUCGUUCGCUAACAAGAAGAGAAUCGAUCGUGAAGAUUCAUCAGAAAUCAAUCUGAAGCCUACCACUAUGCGUGGCAUUCCAUUGAUCAACUUGCUGCACAACCAAGUUCCGCGUGGUUUUUACGUGACUAGAAGCGAAAUGGAACAUUCAACAUCGAAAAGAGUAAAGAUCGACGCGUUAACCACCGAAUUUACCACCUUGUCUGUAGAGACUAACGAAACUAUUUCUUCUGGGAUUUCUUCUGAAAAAGUUGGACAACCUGAUAUAGAUGGAAAAGUGAUUACCGAUCUCGAGCACGAUAAAAACACCGAAAAAAAUCUUGAGUCUGACGUUACCACAACUUUUAAUACCAAAUUAUCCAUGAAAAAUAAUAGAGAUGGAACUAGAGUCGAGGGUAGAGUGGAAAGCACAUCUGUUUCAACGGAUCAAGUCCAAAUAGAGAAAGAUGUAUCAUCGAUAAUAAAAUUCACCGAGAUUUCAAUUCCGAAAGAAAACGUAACAAAUUCUUCGAUUUCCAUAUCUUUAACCGAUUCGUCACCUUCUACGCUUACCUCCCAAUCUUCUAAUGAAUCCGAGAUUAUUAAUUCUACGACCGAAAAAUCCAUAACCAAUGAUCACAAUACUCCUUCCAUUUUGAAUAUUGUAAUUCCUAUAACCACGAUACCGUCCGAUAUUACGACUGAUACAAACUUAUUAGAAUCAAAUGUAACAGAAUUAUGUAUGGAGAAUACAACGCAUUCUGCGGAUUUAGAAAACAGCUAUUCGAUAAAUUGUCAAAAUGCAGGAAAAUCUACAAAAAAUGACGAAGAAUUCAAAUCGACUUUAUCGACCACGACGCUUUCUUCGACUAGCACCGUGGAAACGUCGAUUACCGACACGACGAUCAAUGUGUUCAACAACCACGAUGAAAAGAGUAAAUUUACUUCGAAUUACGAAUUCGGUCAUAAAUUUCGGAGACGUGGCCAGAAUCGUUAUCACGUGAAUCGAUUGAACAAAGAUCAAGAGAAUUCAACGAAAGUAGUCGAAAGAACGCAAAAUUCUCGUCGUAAAAUUAUAGGUUAUAGAAGACCGCUACGCAGGCCUGUUUCCAAUGGUAAAGCCGCGAACGACUCGUUCGUUUACGAAGUAACUACUUUGAAAGAAACGAAAGUGAAUGAUUCCGUGAGAAAUGUAAAUGAUUGGAAAGACAUGAACAAAGAAGAAACAAAUGUGGAAAAGAAGUUAAUAUCAAAGGCAAAUCAAACAGGAAACGAAGCUGUUUUCGACGAAGAACAUCUUCGGAUUAAGGAGAAUAUCGAUCGAUCCAAAUCCGAGGUGAAUUCCUCGAAGAAUACGGUAACAUCUCGUACACCAGGAAAUUUGUCGUCGACCAGAUUGAGAAAACCCACUGCAUUCACUUUGACGCCAUUGCAAAGCAAAACUACACAGCAAAACACAUUCGCGAAUCAUCGAAAGACUCAUCUGACCGAUGGAAAAUUACAAACCGUUGUUAACGAAACAUUGGAUACCGUGGAUGAAAGAACGGAAACUUCGAAACCUGAGAAAGAUAUCGAUCAAAAUAGUAGAGCGCAAGAAAUCGCGGUCACAUUGGCGGAUCCACCGUCCGUGCAAUCAUCAACCACCGGUCGACCAUCGUUACGGAACGCCCUGAAGCGCAAAAUAAGCACUACGGUUGCACCUAGAACAGAUGCAACGACAAGCAGGGCUAGCCUCAGGUUUACACCGGCUCUCAAUGAACGACAGAAGCCGAGAACGAAGGAUGAUAAAACUCGUCGAAACUCGACGACGACGACAACAAGGCCUAGACAACGACCGCCUGUUGUCGAUUACGAUUAUUACGAGGAUGAGGAGGAACCGGUGAUCGGAAGAUCAACUUUCAAUGGAAAACUCUUUCUCACGAGUAAAGGAACUUUUCGAUGCUUGGACCAAGGCAAUUUUCCUCACCCUUACUCUUGUAAAAAAUUCGUUACUUGCGCCAGAAUGGUAAACGGAUUGGUGAUCGGUGCCGAGUACACUUGCCCUGACAGGUUAUCUUUCGACCCAGUCGGUGGUAUCUGCAAUUGGUCAGCUGGACUUGGCUGCAAAGAAUAAUUUCUUUUGAAUUGUCGAUCGAACGAUAAUUAUUACGAAAAAUAUUGAAUAUUUUAAUCCGAACGAAACAUAAAGUCACUUUUCUUCUAUCGAAUCGAUCGUACAACGAGACGGAAUGAUCUUUUUUUUUCAUUUUUACGAACACGUGUAGCCAUAACCAAUAGAAAUGAAGCAUGGUGAUAUUAUCGUUAAUGAAAAGUUUGUAAAUAUUAUAGUUACUGUAUAUACGUAGAUUUAGCUUGCGUUACCAACUUAAUAAUUUAAAUAAAGGUUGGUAUAUACAUUUAGUAUCGAAAAAGAUUAACGAAAUCUUUUAUCUCUCUCUUAAGAUUAUAUGUAAAAUAUUUCUUACGAACUCGAUCGAAAGAUUGAAUCACGGAUAUAUUAUAUAUAUAUAUAUAUUUAUAUAUAUAAUACAUUUUGUAUUUGGAAUAAAAGCAUCCAUUUUUAACCACACUGUUAGAAAUUUUUAUUUAAAUAUUUUUUUGUUAUUAUUUCGCCCACUUGAUAUGACGCAUACUAGGAUACGUUAAAAACAAUUAUACCCAAUCUUUACGCUUUUUUUUUUUUUUUU